AUGCCCGGAGCGGCUGCAGGGACGGCGGCUACAGGAGCAGGCUCGUCAGGAGCAGUAGCAGCGGGGAUGCUCCCAGCUCAGGAGGCAGCCAAGAUCUACCACACCAACUACGUGCGGAACUCGCGGGCCAUCGGCGUGCUCUGGGCCAUCUUCACCAUCUGCUUUGCCAUCGUCAACGUGGUGUGCUUCAUCCAGCCGUACUGGAUCGGGGACGGCGUGGAUACCCCGCAGGCGGGCUACUUCGGGCUCUUCCACUACUGCAUCGGCAACGGCUUCAGCCGGGAACUCACCUGCCGGGGCAGCUUCACGGACUUCUCCAGCCUGCCCUCGGGAGCCUUCAAAGCUGCGUCCUUCUUCAUCGGGCUCUCGAUGAUGCUCAUCAUCGCCUGCAUCGUCUGCUUCAUCCUCUUCUUCUUCUGCAACACAGCCACCGUCUACAAGAUCUGUGCCUGGAUGCAGCUGACCUCGGCUGCCUGUCUCGUCCUGGGUUGUAUGAUUUUUCCUGAUGGCUGGGAUUCAGAUGAGGUAAAACGGAUGUGUGGUGAAAAGACAGACAAGUACACGCUGGGGGCUUGUUCAGUCCGCUGGGCAUAUAUCCUGGCAAUUAUCGGAAUCUUGGAUGCCCUGAUCCUCUCAUUUCUGGCAUUUGUGCUUGGAAACAGACAAGACAGCUUGCUAGCAGAGGAGCUCAAGUUGGAAAACAAAGUCCUACUAAGCCAAUCCUCACUAGAAUGAGCACAAAACAAAUGAAUAACAGCUUUUGUACAUCAACAUUAAAAUGGGAAGAAGCUUGGGAAAGGGCCUCCAACAGAGAAGAAUGCUGACAAGUGCAAAAAUGCCUGAUGGAUAAGCACCACCUUCUAAACAUAGAUCAGCCAGACAUGGAAGUGAUUUCAGAAGAGAAAUGCAAUCAUGGAUUACACACCAGCUCAUUAGAAACUGUUGCUGAAUACAGCAUCCAGAAGACAUGCAUGAAAAGUCACAUUUGGGGAAUAAAUUAAAAGGGGUGUAGUUGUUGCUAGAUAAACAUAUGUAAUAUAUAUGCAUUGAAGAGGUUUGUAAAUGUCAUUUUUUUUAUUCGGACGGAAAGCAAAAAGCUUUAAAACCUUUCACAGUAGAGAGGCAGUUAACUUCAGACUAUUCCUAUCCCAGUAGCCAAGAAGCUGUUAGGACAUCUCUCUUAAAUUAGCAUUUAUAGACUCUGAAUGUUUCCAUCACCUAGUGGAAAAAGCAUAACUUUUACUGCUACAUUGCUGCACUUCAUUUACUUCACUGUAUAAUAAGUUGACUAAAACUGUAAAGCUUCUCAAUUUUUACUGCAUAUGUGUUCCAAUUAAUAUGUCUGUAACAAACUUAAGACUCAAAAAUUAUUUCUGACCUAUAUUCUAGUUCUAUGAAGCAUAUAUAUUAUAAGGUAUGUCUGACUGAAUAUCAUAAUGCUAUAAUUUCCCAAGAUGCAUAGAAUUGUUUGUAUUUGAAGUGACAAAAUAAAAGCCCUUGAUUUCUUUUUUAAUAGGAGAAAGUAAUUUACCCCUUAAAUGUAAGCCACUGCUGCUCACUUCAAGGGUGUUUCUUUUCCCUGUUCUGCUGUACAGCUGUGAAGUGACACUCUCUGGCCCAUGCUAAUGCCAAUCAGACAGGGUGAUCUGAGAGACCUUCUGGCCUUAAGUUUAAACUCAAUACACUCAGUAAACCCCUGAGUUUAAACUCAAUACGAAAAUUAACAGACUAGUAAGCAAAUACAUGUUGCAAAUAGCCAUGUGAGGGCUGGAUGCAAAUAGCCCUGGGGCACGGCAGGGAAGUCAUUCCCUUCCCAGGUCCCAAUGGGUGCACUCAGUUCCAGAAGCCAAUGAGAAGUAGAACAGGAGAAGGCACAGAAGGAGCUCCUGUGAAAGGCCUGGAUGCAAAGCAGCAGAGGGAGGCAGGGACUCCCCCUCUGCUCCUCUCUAACGCUCCCACCAAGGCACACGUCUGUCCUGGCUGGGGGCUGGCUGUGAGCAGUCACUCCCCACAUGCCUCUAGGUUCUCCUGUGUAUCACAGAUUAAUCCAGGGCUAAAUGAGCACUCCAGUGCUGAUUCCCUCAGGGGGUUUAAAGCCUGUUCCUUCAUUCUUUGGCUUUCAGGGGAAAUGGCUAAAAUAAUAAUGAAUUGCUAGUGUUGAUCCCAUAUAAUGCAGAAUGCUGAAGACAUGAGGAAAACAUGAGUUAAAACUGCUUUUAAACUAUUGACUACACAACACAAAUUAUUCCAGAAUUCAGUGCAUGAAUCUAAAAAAAAUUAUUUUACUUUUGAAAGAAAAAUUAUCUUUAAGCAAACUGCCAGAAAACAAAUACAGGGAAUCAGAUAACUUUUCUAUCUAACUACCAAGGUACCAAAGUGGCACUGACUUUACUUGGAUGUCAGACAAGUAAAUUCAUGUGUGAAGCUGGGCAGCAUUUAAAAAAAUAACUUUUUUAAUCUGAAACUGUGCUUGUAACUGGAUGUAGAAAAUUCUUCUGACUUCUAAAGGACCAGCACUAGCUGAUCAAAAACCCCACCCAAAUCAGUCAACCACCAUAAACAUCUUCCCAGUACCUGCUAUUGACAUGAAGGGGAUGGAAGGUAAAAACCAAGUAGUUCACACAUGAGGCAGCAUAAACUCAUUUAAGGGCCCAUUUCAGACAGGUUUUUUAAUCUCUGGUUAGUCCAACCAGUGUCAGCAGGAAAAUGCACAUCCUCAGGGGCCAGAUGCAUUCAGGAGUCCCUGUUAAGUGGUGUCUCAGUGAAGCCCAUCCUCAUUCUCUGCUCUUGUUGGCUCACAGCCACACCCACACCUCAAAGCCUGUGAAAGGGUUUGUUAUCUGGAUGUGCUCUCAUAUCACCAUCUUCAUUUGCUCCUUGAGUUCACCUCUAUCCCACAUUAUUGCAGUCAUGGCUCUUUUGCUGUGACAGAAAUCACCAAAACAGGGUUUCUCUGUAUUAUAUUAUUUUGUUUAGCAUCAUGGUGAUGUUGUAAUGUAAAAGCCCUUUCUAAAUACACACAAACAUUGCAAAAGAAGUGCCAUCACAAGGCAUCACAACCCUGUCAGGGCAGCUCAAUGAAUAUGUACAAUUUGUACACAGUCAGAAGGGAGAGACAUACCAGGAUGUACACCAUUAAAUGUUGACUCAGUAAGAAUAGUAUGUCUUAUCUUUUUAAAUGUUACCACCUUCCCAUCCCACUCCAUUGUAACUUGUCAAUUGUAAUUUCUUUUUAAGUCAAAAAACUGUAAAGAAAACUGUUGAAAUACCUGAUUUUCUGUAAAAGUAAUAAUAACAAUAAUUUUUGUUACUUCAAAGUAUGCUUGGUAUUAAAGUACCUAAUAAAGUUCAACAAAGACUUUUGUAGCAUACUAAAA